AUGGCGUCCAUGAGGGAGAGCGACACAGGUUUGUGGCUGCACAACAAGCUCGGCUCAGCCGAUGAGCUCUGGGCGCCUCCUAGCAUCGCUUCGUUGCUCACUAAGGAUGUCGUGGACAAUAUCCGAGUGUGUUUUCACGGUUUAUCGUCGGCAGUGAAGCUCAAACUGCUUUUGGGGAUCCUGCACCUUCCCAAGCGGACAGUAGACGAGAUGAAAAGUUCCUUGACUGAAAUUGUUCACCUUGCUGCAAUGGAUACUGACUCUUGGGUUCAGAUGGUGGCAGAUAUUCUAAAGACCUUCCCUGAAACUGGCUCUCUCAAUCUUGAACUUGAGGAACACAAUCAGAAUCUGCAAGAAAUUCUUGGGGAACUCAGAGAAAAAGUUAAUGAAUGUGAAGCCUCUGCAAUGUUGCCUUUGGAGUGCCAGUAUUUGAAUAAAAAUGCCCUGACAACUCUUGUGGGACCACUCACCCCCCCAGUGAAGCAUUUUCAGCUUAAGCGAAAACCCAAAAGUGCCACACUUCGAGCAGAACUGUUGCAAAAAUCAACAGAAACUGCACAGCAGCUCAAAAAGACCUCAGGAGUGCCUUUAGCCAAAGGGAGAGGUUUGGUUAAGAAGCUCGAUACCACUACUCCCCUCAAAGGGAUUCCAAAGCAAGCUCCCUUCCGGAGCCCCACUACUCCCAGUGUAUUCAGUCCAUCAACAAACAGAACACCAAUGGCUGUUCGGACCCCUUUGCGCAAGGAGAGAGGUGUAAAGUUGCUGGAUAUAUCAGAGCUGGAUAUGGUAGGUGCUGGUCGGGAAGCAAAAAGGAGAAGGAAGACAUUAGAUGCAGAAGUCACAGAGAAACCUGCCAAAGAAGAAACAGUUGUUGAUAGUGUCACACCAGAUUAUGCUGUUGGACUAGUCUCUACGCAGAAACUUGGUGCUUUGAAUAAUGAUAACGCACUACCAUCUACUAGUUACUUGCCUGCUACACCAAGUAUGGUGCCAUCAUCUUCCUACAUUCCCAGCUCUGAAACACCACAAGCCAAUACAGUUGGAUCAGUUCGGGAGGCUUUACAGACAAAUAGACUGCCAGAAGAAUCAGCAGCGCCUACCUCCAGUCUACCUAGCCAGUUCAAACAAAGACCACCAAUUUAUAAUAGUAGCUCAACUACAUCAUCUACCUCGACCACCACUGCCCCAGGUACUGCAUCUGUCACUACAACAACACCAACAACACCUGUACAGCAGCAGACCCAGCCUCAACAGCAGACCCAACAGCAAACCCAACAGCAGACGCAGCCACUGCAGCAACAGCAGCAACCUCGCAAGAGUCUUUCACUUACAAGAGACCAAAUGUAUGCAGCCCAAGAAAUGUUCAAGACUGCCAACAAGGUUACUCGACCAGAGAAGGCCCUUAUACUUGGCUUUAUGGCUGGGUCAAGAGAAAACCCAUGUCCAGAGCAGGGUGAUAUCAUUCAAAUCAAACUGAGUGAACAUACAGAAGUUCUACCGAAGGCAGAUGGCACAGGCAGCACCACAAUGCUGGUGGAUACUGUCUUUGAAAUGAACUAUGCCACAGGCCAAUGGACCAGACUGAAGAAGUACAAGCCUAUCACAAAUGUGUCCUGAGAGUUCACAAGGACCUCGAAAUUGUGGACCAAAUCCAAUGUUACCUUGAUUGCCACUGACCUGAGCUUCAAUGAUUGUAUUUACAGCCAGUUCUAAAACAUUUGCAGGGGACAUCUAUUUAACAGAUUGUGAUGCAGAAUUUAGGGCUGCCAGAGAGUGGGAUGAAAUGAAUAGAGAAAUGAUUUCCUGCAAUUAGUGUGUUUUUCUAUCUCCUGUGGUGUCAAUGUCUUUUUAAUGAUGGUCCAGUCUCCAGCUACACUGACAACUUCAACAUGAAAACUCUUUGAUUUGUGGAAAGCAUGUGGACCCUAGUUACAGCUGAAAGGAGGACCACGUGACCACAACCUUGAGUUGGUUUGUCAUUUCUGAAAUACUAAGGGGAAAUCAUUUAGCAGCUUAGAUUUGGUUCACUUUUAAUUGUGGGUUUGAACUGGAGAGCAUUGGAAAGCCAGAUAUCCUGGUAUCUGUUGCCUUCACUGAGUAACAUAAUCAGUUUUUGUAAAGUAUUUGUUGCAGAGGCAGCAUGAUUUAACAACACUUUUUUCUAUUUUUUGUACAGUCGUAAAGAUUCUAGGUUUUUCUUUCGCGUGCGCUCUCGUACAGUGUAAGAUGUAAAAUAAUUAGAUUUUCUAUGGAAAAUAAGUGCAGAUUAAAGGUUGCACAGCCAUAAUUGGUUUUCCUGUGUUUAGGCAGCUGGAUGAACUGUCAAUGCUUAAGGGACGGCAGUGCUUUUACUGAACAUACAGUACCAAGCACAAUAAAAUUACAAUGUAACU